UACACAAAUUAAGUGCUCGCGAAGCGCGGACCUAUACUCGGGCUCUGGGUUUGGGGGGGAUUACCACUCAAAUAUCCAUUAUUUCACUUCGGUUUUUGUGGAUGCACCGAUGAGAGAUCCAGUUUUCACAGGGACUGCAAUGGCUUAUCACCCUUUCCACGCACACCGGGCGACCGACUUCCCAAUGUCCGCCUUUCUAGCGGCCGCGCAGCCUUCCUUCUUCCCGGCGCUCAGCAUGCCUCCCGGAGCGCUCACCAAGCCCCUUACGGACCACGGCCUGGCCGGGGCGGCGGAGGCUGGGCUCCACCCGGCCCUGAGCCACCAUCAGGCGGCUCAUCUCCGCAGCAUGAAGAGCCUUGAGCCCGAGGAGGAAGUGGACGACGACCCCAAAGUUAUAUUGGAAGCCAAGGAUCUUUGGGACCAAUUUCAUAAACUCGGGACGGAGAUGGUUAUUACCAAGUCCGGAAGGAGGAUGUUCCCUCCGUUCAAAGUGAGAAUAAACGGCCUCGAUAAAAAAGCCAAAUACAUCCUGCUGAUGGACAUCGUGGCGGCGGACGACUGCCGCUACAAGUUCCACAACUCCCGCUGGAUGGUGGCUGGAAAGGCCGACCCGGAGAUGCCCAAGAGGAUGUAUAUCCACCCGGACAGCCCGGCCACCGGCGAGCAGUGGAUGGCGAAGCCUGUUGCUUUCCAUAAACUCAAGCUGACCAACAACAUUUCAGACAAACACGGAUUUGUCCAGACGAUCCUGAACUCCAUGCACAAGUACCAGCCCCGGUUCCACAUAGUGCGGGCCAACGACAUCCUGAAGCUCCCCUACAGCACCUUCAGGACCUACGUCUUCCCGGAGACCGAGUUCGUGGCCGUGACGGCCUACCAGAACGACAAGAUAACACAGCUGAAGAUCGACAACAACCCGUUUGCCAAAGGAUUCAGAGACACGGGGAACGGGAGGAGAGAGAAAAGGAAACAGCUCACCAUGCCGUCGCUCCGGAUGUUUGAGGACCAGUGCAAGGCGGACCGGGAAGGAGCGGACUCGGACGCCUCAUCCAGCGAGCCUCCGAGCGGCAGGGACGCCGUCCACUCCCCGCUGGGAGCCGAUACCAGCCCGAUGAGGUUCAGCAGGGCCAGUCGAGAUGAGAAAACGUGCUCGGACAGCGAGCAGGAGAUGGAGCAUCACGACGAGCGCUGCACUGGCUCAGAAAGCCCGGGACCUGAACCCGUGUCCCCCUACAGCUCCAGGUGUGAGGAGCGCAUCAGGGACAGGCCUAGCACAGAAAAGAAGGAGGACUCCUUAUUCAGCAUAAGGAACCUUGAGAAGGACAAAGCGGACAAAGCGGACAAAGCGGACAACAGGCACAGGAAGGACACCACGGACGUGUUGACAAAGGACUUGGACGCCGGAGGCAUUAGUGCCACUAAGGAGACCUUCUCCCCUCUCAUGGUUCAGACCGAGAGCCCCUCGCACUUCAGCCCAGGCCACUUACAAAGUCUGGCUCUGUCUGGCCUGCACAGUCAGCAGUUCUUUAACCCUAUGGGUGCCGGAUCACCACUGUUGUUUCACCCCGGGCAGUUUGCCAUGGCCCCAGGAGCCUUUUCUGCUCUGGGCAUGGGGCAUCUAUUGGCCUCUGUAUCUGGAGCAAGUGGUUUGGAAAACAGCGUUCUCUCCAACCAGGGCACAGGAGGAAGCCCCAACCCCUUCCCCUUCCAUCUGUCUCAGCACAUGCUCGCCUCUCAGGGCAUCCCCAUGCCUCCGUUUGGCGGCCUGUUCCCAUAUCCCUACACCUACAUGGCGGCGGCUGCUGCUGCUGCGGCCUCAGCCCUCCCAGCCACCAGCCCACUCUCCAGGAACCCUUUCCUGGGCGCGUCACGUCCCCGGCUCCGCUUCAACCCCUACCAGCUCCCAGUGUCGCUGCCUCAGAGCCUGCUCACCCCUGGCCUGCAGGGCAGCCUGAACCCUGGCUCCGAAUCCUCCAAACCGGGCAGCAGGGAGACCAGCCCGGCUCCGGAGCACCACAGCAACCAUAAGACAGGAGGGUCAAGUGGGAGGGGGGCAUCUCCCAAAACCUCUUUGAAGGACUCAGUGAAUGAGCUGCAAAGCAUCCAGAGGCUGGUGAGCGGCCUGGAGAGCCAGCGGGAGCCCUCCCCGCGUGCAGACUCUCCCAAGUGAUGAACACUCUCUGUUUGGGAUGAAGACUUGGCUUGAAGAGGACUAGAAGUGCAUUUGUCCUGUACAGCACAUUAGGGAGACUGGGAGGAGGUUUGACCGAUAUGGGUCCAGUGAAGGCUGAUAACUGGUAUUUUGGAACAAAGCAGCAGAUAGACAAAAAUGUUGCCCAUAUAAUUCAAUUUAAUCUUUUUUAAAUCCAUAAGUAUUAAGGGUCUCCCCUGGAGCUUACCUGUUAGAAAGGGUUUUGACUAUCACCAGACACUUACUUUCCCCCUGAAUCCCAGUGUGUUUUUUGGGGGUUAGCGGCUCUUGAAGGCAGGCUCACUCAAAAUAAUAUUAUACAAAAACAAUGAAAUAUAUAUAAACAUGCAACACAUUUUAGACAAUGAAAUACAAAAAAAUGAUGAUGAAACACAAAUCAACGUCAAGAGACUUAAGGAUUCCCCUACACAUGUGUAGGCACUGAGACGUUAUCUGUCCCCGGUAUCAGAGGGUCAGUACCGGCCUCUUCGAUCGGUCCCACCGGCCUGAGAGCCCGCAGCUCGCGGGGGAGCGGCGCGUUGCGGUCGGGCAUCUUGAAGCGUUUGAGCGGCCUGGUCGCGGCAGGCAGGUCUCGAGCUGCAUCCAAAAACUUCUCUUUCUUUUUUUCCAGGCCUGAUUAUUUCAUAAGGCAUGAAGGUGAACGAUCUGAGAGGAGGAAAGAACCGCUUUGCAUUUCAUGGCAGAAAAAAAAGAUUUCUGAACUAUUUAUGUAAUUAAAGAUAAAACAAAUCCUGUAAAUAAAGCUAAGAUCCAAGAAUAUGCAAUUGGUAUUAAUUUAUUCAAGGCUGUAUAUUAGCGUGUAUAUAUUUCGAAUUUAACUUGUUACUUUUUUUUCUUUUCCUCCUCCUCUCCCCAUUUUACAUGAACGUAUACUGUAAAUGAAAAAGCUAUUUAGCGCUUGUUGGUUUGAAAAACUGUUUAUGAAGCAUCGCUGAUUUCUAGGUGACGUGUGUGCCAUGUUUUAGUCUGCAUCCACCGACAUGAGACAGGAAGAGAGAAAGAGCUCCACAUGGAUUCAAAAACACCUCAGGUUAUUUCACUCCAGCCAGGAGACAUUCAAAGCAAUUCCUCCUUCGGGCGCAUCAUUCAUAUCUAUUCAAAAUUAUAUUUAAAGAAGAAAGUAUCUUGUUUAUGCUGGUUGUCCGUUUUUUUGUUUUUUUUUGGAUUGUCUCACAAUUUCAAUAAAAAAUCGUUGUGCUGAAA